AUGAAGGACAAGUGCCAGUAGUGUUAACUUCCUUUCAUCGAGACAAGUAACGCCGAUUAUAGGAGUACGUUAUGUAAAAUAUAAAAUAAACGACAUCGACAUGGCUGACGGGGCGAGACUUUCUCAAAAGACCGUCAGAUGGUAUGAUGUAUGAGAGUCGUGACUCGUUUGAUGCCAAGCGGCUGUAUCAUCUUCCACGGUUUUGCAAUAAAACUCGUGGCUGGUGUCCGAGGCCGUGAAUAUGUCUGCAGUGUGUCGGACCCGACACUUUGUUCAGUUGAUCAGGAAACGUACGACGGUGUACAAGGGUCGGGUGUAGGCGAAAUGGCGGUCCACCUCAGCAUAAUGUACAAAAUAGGGGGGUGGGUAUCUCUGUAGUCGGUCGAAAUUGAGUAUGCAAGGUACCUUAGCCAGGCCUGGUCUGAUCUUCGUCUGGCCAACGGAGAGAAUGGC